AAAAAACAAGAAACAUAAAUUGGUGUACGCGUGAAUGUAUAGUGGUGAAGUAUCCCCCUUGCCAGCCCCUUCUCAUUCUGCACGCGCGCCUAUGACCACACGUUCCGAAUUCAUAGAUUGUAAGUGUCUUUUUCGUUUGUGAUCAUUUUUUUUAGCGUCCUGCUUCUCCGCGAGGAGCCUUGGCGAUGAUGGCGGUUAUCCUGUGGUAACCUUUACGGUGGACGGCGACUUGACUUGCGCGGGCGCGCUCGUCUCCUCGAAGGACGUCCUCACCACAGCGGCCUGCGCCGAGAGUCUCGCGAACGACGGCAAGACAAAGGCUCUGCUUGGCGACAAAACCACCCCCGUCUUGUGCCACAACAUGAACUCCGAACGCGCACUCGCCCUGGUCCGGCUGGGCGAGCCGAUGUGCGACGAGGCCAACCCCAGGUCGAUGUUCACGCCCGCGCUGGUGGCACCUGUACCGGAUACGCCUACCGCCGCUGGCUGCCUGAUGUUCUACCCGAAAUAUAAUGCCGCGCAGGAGAUUCUAGCGUUGCCGCAGCUAGUGACUGUCGUGGAGUGCCCAGCAGAGGGCAGCAAACGAAGUAUCGAGACGAAGGGAAGCAAGAAAGUGUGUGUCAAUUUUGGCAAUCCUGUUGACAUCCCGCUCAUCGGAGGCCUCGUGCUGACGUGCAGACCCGACGAGGCCUUGGCGCCGCCGGUCGUCGGGCUGCUGCCCGCCAGGGGGACGACAGAAGAGGCACCGGUCCUGGAGAGCGCCGUCAACGUGGACAAGGACAAUACGUUCUGGGAUUUGUCCGGGACGGCUGACUGCAGCGCGCCCAAACCGACCCCGUUCCCCUGCGAACCUACCACGUCGUCCACCGAGGCCGCCGCCACCACCACCCCCACCACCAUGUCCACCGCCACCGACACGCCCACCGCCACCACCGCCACUGCCACCGCCACCACCGCCACCACCGCCACCGCCACCGCCACCGGGUCUUCCACGGCGAGCACCGCCGACCCCGCGACCGCGGGCACCCAGACUCCCAGCCCCAGCGGGUCCCCGGGACUGAUGGCCCCGCCCGCGCCGCUGCUCGCGCUCGCCGCCGCGCGCGCCCUGACCUUGCUCGCGCGCAGGCUAGGAUGAGAGGUCGCCAGAGUGUCUCACAGGCACCCACCCUCCUGUCGGUCUACGCGCCGCUUCGGAUGCAAUAAAACAAAGUUCACACACA